CUGCCCCUUUCCCUGUCUCUCUCUAUCUCUCUCCUAAAAAUUGAUAGAACAAACCAGACGCUGCACAUGGGGGGCUUGGCUUUGACAUGAUUUAACACCAUAGGAUUUGAAGAAUAGGGUUUUUGAGGAAAAGAUGAAAGAAGUUCAUGAUCUUGAUUUGCAUGCAGAAAUGGAUCAAACACAGAUGUGGGUUCAUGAUCAAAAUCAACAACAACAUCAAAAUCAUCAAAUUUUUCUGUCGGAUAAUGAUGAUGAUGCUUUGAUUUUCUACUCUGAUUUCCCUCCGUUGCCGGAUUUUCCUUGCAUGUCGUCUUCUUCGUCGUCUACUCCCGCUCCGGUCAAGCCCACGGUGUCGUUGUCGUCCUCGUCGUCGACCUCCUCCUCCUCCUCCGCCACUUCAUGGGCAGUUUUGAAAUCUGAUGCUGAUGAAAUUGCUGAGGAAAUCAGAAUUAAUGAUAACAAUUCUGCCUCCGCCACCACCACCGCCGCCGCCGCCGCUUCCGCCGCCGUGUCAUCCCCUUCGGCGGUGAAAACUGAGUUUAACGGCGGGGAUUGUACGGAUGACAUGAUGAUGGAGACAUUUGGAUACAUGGAUUUACUUGAAGAUAGCAAUGAGUUUUUUGAUCCGACUUGUAUUUUUCAGAACGAAGAACAACAACAACAACAACGAGACCCUUUAGAGGAUUUGCGAUUGGAAAGCUUUGAAGAAGUGGAAAUGGAGGAUUUGAUGAUGAUGCAUGGCGGUAAGAGUAAUGAUAAUGGAGGGAAGCAAAACGUCGCCGCCGCCGCCGCCGCGGCGGAGGAGGAGGAUAUGGCGAAGGUGUUUUUGGAGUGGCUUAGGAGUAAUAGAGAGACGGUUUCUGCUGAUGAUUUGAGAAAUGUUAGGAUCAAAAAAGCUACUAUUGAAAGCGCCGCCCGCCGCCUUGGCGGCGGCAAGGAGGGAAUGAAACAGCUUUUGAAGCUUGUUCUUGAAUGGGUUCAAACCAAUCAUCUUCAGAAGAGGAAAUUCAAAGAGAUCAAUGAAAAUGAAGCCAAUUUGAUAGGGUUUCAAAGCCCUAAUUCCUCCGGCCACCCCUGGAUCCAAACACCGCCGCCAUUACCGCCUCCGCCUUUGUAUUCUCCACCGAUUCUUGGGUAUGUCCAAGGUGGUGGUGGGGAAGCGUAUGGCAGUGGCCGUGGUUAUUCCGAUCAUUACCAAUUACUUGACUCCUCAUUGUCGUGGAGUAAUAGUAAUAGUAAUAGUAAUUUGCCGGGGGCAGUUCAACUGCCCCGGUCGCAUUUCAACUCGUUUGUUGAUAAUUUUGUGGCUGGGCCGCCUUUGCCACCGCCGCAACAACAAGGUUUUGCAGCGGGGUACGGUAGGGGGCAGCAGUACCCUUAUAUGGGUCAGUACUUUCAAGCACAGGGCGGGGAUAAUGGUUUGGUUAGAUUGGAUUCAUCGGCGACAAAGGAGGCUCGGAAGAAGCGAAUGGCAAGACAGCGGAGAUUCUCUGCCCACCACCGCCACAAUCACGGUGGACACCACGGCAACCACCACCACCACCACAGCAACAGCCACCAACAUCAGAUGAAUCCUAAUGCUUCAGAUCAUGGCAACAUGGCUACAACUUCUCAGUCAAAUGCUGGAAACUGGGUCUACUGGCCGUCCUCCACCGAUGUAGUUCCAGCCGACUCGCCGGUGCACGCAGUCAAUUGGUCUAAUUCUUCCCUGCAAAACCAGCCCUAUCCUCCCCGGAUCCAAUCGGAGCGACGACAGGGAUGGAAACCAGAGAAAAAUUUAAGGUUUCUUUUACAAAAAGUAUUGAAGCAAAGCGAUGUGGGAAAUCUGGGGAGAAUUGUAUUGCCAAAGAAAGAAGCAGAAACCCAUCUCCCAGAAUUGGAGGCAAGAGAUGGGAUUUCCAUUGCCAUGGAAGACAUUGGAACUUCUAGAGUUUGGAAUAUGCGUUAUAGGUAUUGGCCAAACAACAAAAGCAGAAUGUAUCUCCUUGAAAAUACAGGCGACUUUGUGAGAGCCAAUGGACUUCAAGAAGGAGACUUCAUUGUCAUCUACUCCGACGUCAAGUGCGGGAAAUAUAUGAUUCGAGGAGUGAAAGUACGGCAACCGGGGUCGAAACCCGAUAGCAAGAGGGGAGGAAAAUCGCAAAGAAGCCAUUCGACUGCCGGUGUGAACGCCAACGGCUUGUCAUCUUCACCGCCGACCCCCGCCACCCCGAGGAGGCACUGAUGAAGCUGUGUUUUGAUGCGUAGAAGAAACAAAUGUAGGGUUGGUUGGAUUUGAUCCUGUUUGCAUCAGCCUUUUGUGUUGAGAUUUUUUAAGACUGAGGGGGCAUUGGGCACUGCAUGAAGAACAGUUAUACGUAUAUAUAUAUAUAUAUAUAUGA